CAUGCUCACUCCAUUGCUAAAUGCUCAAAAGAAAAGAAAGAAAAGCUCAUCCUUCUUCUUCACAACAAUUCGCCAUUCAUCUGUAACGCGCAUUUCCUCUUCAUUUUAUAUUUUUGAAAAUACCCCACGCAUUAUAUCAUUAAAAAUGGACUUCACUCCCGAAGAAAUCAUUGACCUCAAGGAAGCAUUUGCAAACUACGACAAGGAUAAGAAUGGUCGCAUUGCCACGAGCGAGCUCAAGCAACUGAUUCAGCAAGACGUAUCUGAUGAGACCUUGGCUAAUGUCAUCAAGCAAUUUGACACCAACGGGGAUGGAGAGCUCGACUUUAACGAGUUUGUUGGUCUCAUGAAGGCACUUCGUUCAAUUGAUGAAUAACCGUACAAAAAAAGGAAAAAAAACGCGUGUACAUGUAGGCAUAUCCGUGGUGGUAUUUCUACCGCCCAUUUACUGAUUCACGAAAGAGUUUUUUUUGCAAUAAAAAGAUGAGUUGUCAACUCUCCAAUCUUAAAUAAAAUGAAAGAGUUCUGGGG